AUGGCAAAAAUGUUGAAUGUGGUGGUGUUAUGUUUGUGUGUGUGGACACUAUUGUCUUGUUUGGUUUCUAGUGUACCAAAUGAAGGAUUGAAGGGCGGUGAAUCUUCAUGUUCUUCCAUUUUGGAGUCUCAUCUCAAAGACAUCCUUGGAGGAAAUGGGGAAACCGAUGUUAUUGCAUUGAAGAAUUACAUAGAUCAGUUGGAUACUCAGUAUUAUGGUGAAAUUGAGAUUGGAACUCCUCACAAGUUUACUGUAAUUGUUUACAUUGGUAGCUCUAAUACUUGGCUUCCAUCAGUUAAAUGUUAUUUCACGAUUGCAUUCUAUUUGCAUGCUAAGUACAGGUCAAGCCAAUCAAGUACCUACAAGUCCAAUGGGACUUCUGCUGCAAUUCAGUAUGGUACUGUAUCAAUUUCUGGUUUCUUUAGCUAUGAUAAUACGAAAGUUGGUGAUAUAGCCGUAAAGGACCAGGAAUUUAUUGAAGCAACUAGUGAACCUGAAUCUACAUUUGUGUUGCCUAAAUUUGAUGGUUUACUUGGACUUGGAUUUCAAGAGAUGUCAAUUGGAAAUUCUGUCUCCAUAUGGUACAAUAUGGUCGAACAAGGUCUUGUUAAGGAUCCUGUAUUUUCAUUUUGGCUCAAUCGUAAUCCGAAAGCCGAGGAAGGAAGGGAGCUUGUUUUUGGUGGUGUCGAUCCUGCUCACUUCAAGGGCGAACAUACUUACGUGCCGGUGACAAGAAAAGGAUAUUGGCAGUUUGCAAUGGGAGAUGUACCUGUUGAUAGAAAUUCCACUGGACAUUGUGCUAAUGAUUGUUCAGCAAUUGUGGACUCAGGGACAUCUUUGUUGGCAGUUCCAACGACUGUAGUUACUAUGAUAAAUAAGACAAUUGGAGCAUCUGGAGUUUACAGUAAAGAAUGCAGAACUGUUGUUGAUCAAUACGGACAAACAAUUUUACAAUCACUCUUGGCUGAAGCACAGCCACAGAAAAUCUGCCCCCAAAUUGGACUGUGCACAUUUGAUGGGACUCAUGUUGUUAGGUAA